AUCCGGUUGUAUAAAGAUUGCCACGAGUUAGCGGAGUCGGAGAGUAUCCAUCUUGAAAAGCAGCCUACGGCUCCAACAUUUUAAACAGUAAGCGCUAUUUUCAUUUCACCUCCCACACAUUGCGUCAUGUGUUUCAACGAUUUAUUCCCCCCUGUAUCGAGCUAGGUAAAGUAUGUAUAGCUGCUCUAACGUCGUUACCUAUUGCUAACUCGGUUUGUCAAGUCGGGACUGGCAGGCCGCAAACACGAACAAAAUAACCAGCUAACAUUACGAGCUGUGGUAGUUGUUAAAUAGAUCUGUUCAACAGAUUAGUAUAGCAGGCCUUUGAAUUGUUUCUGUGCACAGUUUGCUUGUAUCCGUAUAAAGGAUAAUACAAUUAAACGUUGACUAUGGUGUUUUAUCAACUCAAAUGUGACUGUGUUCCGAUGUUAACAAGCUAACGUUAGCUAGUUGGAGAACCCGGUUAGUUUAUGGUAGGGCAGUCACGGUGGCCUACUUUUUGAAUGUUCACGGUUCGUCUACAGGAAAUGCCAUUCAUAUAGCCAGCUAGCUAACAUUCUUUAUCCCCACGGUAGGCGAUCACUAUGUCUAACGACGCUGAGCAGCAAUUCAUGGAGACCUCCAAAAAUGGAAACGAAGCCGAGGAAGAACUGAAUGGAGCAGAAGAAUCCACAGAACAUCCCGAGACAGAGGAACAAGAAGAACAGAGCUGCACGGUAGAGGGAGAGCCAGUAGCCGAGGAACAGGCUGCGGUGGAGGAAGGGGUCACGCAGAAUGGAGCGGCAGAGGGGGGACAGAUAAAUGCAAGUAAAGGCGAGGAUGAUGCUGGGUACGUUUCUGUAUGGUUGUUCUAACACCUUUAUGUAACAUACUAACGUUACAUGUUUGAUUUUUUUUUUUUUUUUUUUUGGAGCCAUGUUCAGCCCAUUUGGGGGAUGGCUAGAAUUCAGUUAUAGCUCUCAUUUUGCAAAAUGUUUAUAGUGUUGAGUUGCAGUGAUUCAACUAGCAGAGAAUUCUCAACUCUACAAUGGAGUGGGUUAAGAAACUAUGGAUUCCAACUCCCACUGACAACUAUGACAAGCACAGAUACACAGUAAGCGUUAAAUAAUUGAUAUUCAUAAAAGUAUUGUGUGGUAGUGCAUGUUUUAAGUCGUAAACUUCAUACUCAUGCGCAGAUUACGUGACGCAAUUUGACAGGUCACAUAGAAUUACUUUUAUCAAAAACUACGGAUUGCAGCACCCAAAGAAAAUACUGCCUUUACACAGGACAAACGAUGUACACAUUAAAGAAUGGACAUUUUUACAAGUAUCGACUGAUACCGACUCGAUGUAGAUGGAGGUACACUGCCAAAACUCAUCGCCACUCAACUCCAUUGAGAUGUGAUGUACAUAUCGUGAAGUUGAGAAUUCUCAGCUAUGAUUCAACCAAAGUAUGUGUGAACUGUCUGUUAUUGGCCUGUACAAGUUUGUAAGCCACAACAAUGUCCCUAGUAAUUUGAGAUUUUUCUGAACUCAAAUAAAAUCAAUAUGAAUAUGUGAAUAGUGGCUGCUCAGUUGUCAGCCUAUGAGAUUUGUCCUAGGUGUGUUACUGAACUGUGUUUCUCUGCAGCAAAAUGUUUGUUGGUGGACUUAGCUGGGACACUAGCAAAAAAGACCUGAAAGAUUACUUCUCCAAAUUUGGAGAGGUGACAGAUUGUACCAUCAAGAUGGACUCAAACACAGGACGGUCACGCGGGUUUGGGUUUGUCUUGUUCAAAGAAGCAGCAAGUGUAGACACGGUAUGUGCCAUGAGAAAGGUGACAUGAUUUUACAUUGUGACAAAUUGGACUUUGUAUACUAAAACCUAUUUUCUCUAAUCCGGAAGGUUCUUGAGCAGAAAGAACACCGGCUAGAUGGACGACAGAUAGACCCAAAGAAGGCGAUGGCAAUGAAGAAGGAACCAGCCAAGAAGAUCUUUGUUGGUGGCCUAAACCCAGAAGCCACGGAGGAGACCAUCAGAGAAUACUUUGGAACCUUUGGAGAGGUUUGUCAUUGUCCUAUGAUGGCCUCAACCUGACCUUCCUAUAUGUUUUAGUAGCUCUUGAUUUUCCAGUGUUCUAAAUCUGUCACUAUUCACAUCUUCAGAUUGAAUCCAUUGAACUUCCAGUGGACCCCAAGUUCAAAAAAAGGAGGGGGUUUAUCUUCAUCACAUUCAAAGAGGAGGCCACUGUUAAAAAAUGCCUUGAAAAGAAGUUCCACAAUGUCUGUGGAACCAAGGUAACAAACGGAAAGGAAGGCCUUGUAUGUAUAUUUCUUCUAAACUUAAAAAAAAAAAAAAACGUACUGUUGGUGGUGGGGAAUGUGGGGUAACGUGUGUGCUGUGGUUAUCAUUCUAUACUGAACAAAAAUAUAAACGCAAUAUGCAACAAUUUCAAAGAUUUUACUGAGUUACAGUUCAUAUAUGGAAAUAAAUUCAUUAGGCCCUAAUCUAUAGAUUUCACAUGACUGGAAACACAGAUAUGCAUCUGUUGGUUACAAAUACCUUUAAAAAAAAAAACAUGCUCAAUGGGUAUGUGGUGUGUAUGCAGGCCAUGGACGAACUGGGACAUUUUCUGCUUCCUGGAAUUGUGUACAGAUCCUUGCGACAUGGGGCCGUGCAUUAUCAUGCUGAAAUAUGAGAUGGUGGCGGACGAAUGGCACGACAAUGGGCCUCAGGAUCUCGUCACAGUAUCUCUGCAUUCAAAUUGCCAUCGAUAAAAUGCGAUUGUGUUCGUUGUCCGUAGCUUAUGCCUUCCCUUCCCAUACCAUAACCCUGCUCCCGAGUGGCGCAGCGGUCUUAGGCACUGCAUCUCAGUGCUUGAGGCGUCACUACAGACCCCCUGGUUCGAUUCCAGGCUGUAUCACAACCGGCUGUGAUUGGGAGUCCCAUAGGGCGGUGCACAAUUGGCCCAGCGUCGUCAGGGUUUGGCUGGUGUAGGCCGUCAUUGUAAAUAAGAAUUUGUUCUUAACUGACUUGCCUAGUUAAAUAAAGGUAAAAUACAUUUUUAAAAAAACACUGCCACCAUGUGGCACUCUGUUCACAACUUUAAGAUCAGCAAACCGUUCGCCCACACGAUGCCAUACACGUGGUCUGCGUUUGGACGUACUGACAAAUUCUCUAAAACAUUAUUGGAGGUGGCUUAUGGUAGAGAAAUGAACAUUCAAUUCUCUGGCAUCAGUUCUGGUGGACAUUCCUGCAGCCAGCAUGCCAAUUGCACGCUCCCUCAACUUGAGACAUCUGUGGUGUUGUGACAACUGCACAUUUGAGUGGCCUUUUAUUGUCCCCAGCACAUCAUGCUGUUUAAUGAGUUUCUUGAUAUGUCACACAUUUCAGGUGGAUGGAUUAUCUUGGCAAAGGACAAAUGCUCAGUAACAGGGAUGUCAACUAAUUUGUGCACAAUUUUAGAUAUAAGCUUUUGGUGCUUAUGGGACAUUUCUGGGAUCUUUUUAUUUUGGCUCAUGAAACAUGGGACCAAUACUUAACAUGUUGCGUUUAUAUUUUUGUUCAGUGUACAUCGGUCUGGCUAAGCAUCUUAUUUGUGUGAAAUGCAAACUUGUCUAAUUGCUUGGUGUGUACAUUUGUUCAAUGUUCAUUCCCUCCUGAAAUGCUUUGGGACAUGCUCAUGCAAUGUGGUGUUAUAUAAUGCUUCCUCACUGAAAUGCACAUUGCAUGCAAGAGUUUCAGACCCACUUGCAUGGUGUGAAAUUACUAGAAUUAUUCUUUCCAUCAAUUUAAACACCAUUUCAUUUUUGCAUGUCAGAAUUCAGAUAUACAUUUUGUCAAGUUCAAAUGAAUUGUGUUGGCAGUGUCCUGACUGAAAUGGGGGUCCAGUGUGCGCAAAUCUUGAAUUUAACAGAUGUUUAUGAAUAGCCCUUGCAUGUUUGUACUGCAUUCUGUCAUGUCUUUGCAGCAUCUGUGUUAUUAAACAUCCUUCUUGAUUUAAUUCCAGUGCGAGAUCAAAAUCGCCCAGCCCAAGGAGGUGUACCAGCAGCAGCAGUUCGGAGGCCGUGGUGGCGGUUAUGGAGGAGGCCGGGGAGGCAGGGGGCGUGGUGGUGCGUAUUAAAGCAAGCAGUCUGACGUAGUUGUUACGAGUGACUAAGGCAUCAAGCAGGUAUGCAGAGUAUUUGUAUAAUGCUAGGUUCAUUUCAAGUAAAGGGUGCAAUGGGUUGUACCUGCAGGAAGACCUCAGCUUUAAGGGUGCAUGACAGGUGUUGAACUCACAAGGCAUGGAAGGAUCUGAGAAAAGGGAUUGCUAAUGGGCAUCCAUCCUUGAACCAUAAAUAUCUUUAUCUUGGCCAGGUCGCAGUUGUAAAUGAGAACUUGUUCUCAACUGGUUUACCUGGUUAAAUAAAGGUGAAAUAAAAAAAAAAAAAAAAAUCUGGAUUAUAAUUUAGUGUGAAACUAUUUUGUCUGAUUUUAAAACCACAUUUCUUUCCCUCAGGCCAAAGCCAAUAUGGGAACCAGGGUUAUAAUAAUUACUGGAGCCAAGGCUAUGGCAACCAGGGCUAUGGCUAUGGUGGGCAGCAGGGCUAUGGAAACUAUGGCGCUUACGGCAACUAUGACUACUCCGCUGGAUACUAUGGAGGGGGCUACGACUACAGUGAGUAUACAGACCUUUGGCAAGCGCCUACCUGAUUGUUUGACUUGUCUUUGCACAGAAGCACUCAGUCCUCUCUCUCUAUUCCUGCAGACCAGGGCAAUACAAGCUAUGGGAAAACUCCAAGACGUGGAGGCCACCAGGGUAGCUACAAGCCAUACUGAUCACAUGUAGUGCAGGUAUGCAUUUUAGUGCUUUGUAACAUUGUGGUGCGAUAUAGCUGUUAGAUUUGUGGCAUUGAUGCCCAAAAAUUUCCUUGCCAAGACUUACAGUCUGGCUCAGGGGAAGGCUAUUGUAGAUUAGAAUGAAAUUACUCCACUCUUCAUCAAUUGGAUUAAGUAAAUACAGUGCUGUUGGGGAUAGGAAACUUGUUUUAGAAGUACACAACCUCAAACCCUCAAAUUUGCCAGCACAAAAUCUGCAUCAGAUGCACCCCUACAACUACACUACUGGAUCAAUAAGGGUUGAUGUUGCGGUGGACCACAAUGGGUUUUUCUAGAGUGGGAGAUGGGUGACUAUCUGCUUAAAGCUGCACAGCAAAUUUAACAAUGUCUGCCGUUUCCCUUAACGCUAUGCCAUGACCACUCUAACCAGCAGCAUUGACUUCCUAAUUCAUCCCCUGUUUCUUGCAUGCUUGUUGCCCUAGCUGUUUGCUUGCUCUUUGAUGCAGGGUGGUGGGCUCAUGUCAUAAGUGGUGUGCAACAAUUCCUUUUUCUCCUCUCUUAAAGGACUCAAGUAAACACAGAUUUGAGAGACUGUGGGUGCGGCAGAAGUAUGCAGGACUUUAUUAUUUCCUGUGGGAUGAGACUCAUGCUCCAUUUGUACAGACCAUCUGAGGAACUGGGAAGUAAAUGCCAAUUUUCCAUGUUUUUAUUUUAUCUUUUUUUGGGGUCCACAUUUCCAGAGAUGGAAGUGUUAUUUUU